AUGCGCCCAGUGCUAAUCCAUCCGCAAACCCGACAUUAUCCAACGUUCCAACCCUAUCGGCUCAGCCAAGUUCCAAACCUUCAUUGUCCUCGGCACCAUCUCUUUCCAAACAACCCAGUAACAGUCCAACCACUUCGCCCAGUGCCAGCCCCAGCACAUCCCCAGUACUCACACCGCCCGCAUCGCCCAGCUCACCCAGUGCAAGCCCCAGUACAAGCCCCAGUGCUGCCCAAGCAACAGCCCCAGUUCCAACCCCAGUGCUCCCCAAGUAUCACACCCAGCAACGCACCCAGUGCAAACCCAUCCGCAAACCCAACGUUAUCCAACGUUCCAACCCUAUCGGCUCAGCCAAGUUCCAACCCUUCAGCAUCCUCGGCACCCUCUCUUUCCAAACAACCCAGUAGCAGUCCAUCUGGCUUGCCCAGUAUCAGCCCCAGCUCAUCGCCCAGUAGCUCACCCAGCGCUAGUCCCAGUAACAAUCCAAGUAGUUCCCCAAGCAGCAGACCCAGUUCCAAUCCAAGUGCUUCCCCUAGCAAAAGCCCCAGUUCCAACCCCAGUGCUUCCCCAAGUAACGCACCCAGCAACACACCCAGUGCUAAUCCAUCGGCAAACCCAACCCUAUCAGCUCAGCCAAGUUCCAAGCCUUCAGCAUCCACAACGACAGCCACAACGCCAACAACGUCGGGCCCUACGGCUACUAGUAGUGCUCCGUCGGGGCCAACUACAGCGCCAAGUUCCGCCCCGUCAGGACCAACUACUUCACCCAGCGCUUCUCCAUCGGGAACUGGAGGGACGCCUGCCCCCACAACACAACCAAGUAACGCUCCGUCGGGGCCAACUACAGCGCCAAGUUCCGCUCCGUCAGGACCAACUACUUCACCCAGCGCUUCUCCAUCGGGAACUGGAGGGACCCCUGCCCCAACAGGGGCGCCGUCAAAUUCUCCAAGCGGAUCUGGAGGAACCCCUGCCCCAACAGCAGCACCGUCCAAUUCUCCAUCGGGAUCGGGGACCCCUGCCCCAACAGCGGCGCCGUCCAAUUCUCCAUCGGGAUCUGGAGGAACCCCUUCCCCAACAGCAGCGCCGUCCAAUUCUCCAUCGGGAUCGGGGACCCCUGCCCCAACAGGGGCGCCGUCCAAUUCUCCAACGGGGUCAGCGACCCCUGCCCCAACAGGGGCGCCGUCCAAUUCUCCAACGGGGUCGGCGACCCCUGCCCCAACAGGGGCGCCAUCAAAUUCCCCGACCGGCCCGAGUCCGAGUGGCACACCCAGCAGUCCCCCGACCCCCGUCGCGCUGCCAUUGAUGGCACGUGAAGAAGCCUCAGAGCCAACACCACAGCCGACUCUGGACCCAACCGCAGCACCAACUCUGCAAACAACUGCCGAACCCACAGACAUGCCCACGUUUGCAACUGUGCAAUACGAAAUUGAAACCACGGUUCUCCUGGGCGUUGACAUUAGCAGUAUCGCCAUGGCACCUCUGGAUGCAACAGAAGAAGAGUGGGCCCUCUCGGCCAUUUUGGCAUUCUACGAAGUCAGUUUUGGGGACGCUUACUCUGAUGCAUUUAUCAAUUACAGCGUGGAAGGCGAUCCUUUCUAUCUGGACUACUUUGAUGGAUCGGCCUAUGUGUUUGGAUUUAAACUGGUGGUUGAGUUUGACAAUACAUCAUCGGAUCCCGCGCCGACUAGCGCCUCGGAAGUGUCCAGUGCAGUCCAAUCGUUUGACUAUGACGGCCUGUUGCUCUCUGCACUGGUUGAUCUAGGAGGCAGUUUGGAGUUGGUAGAUUCUGCGGAAGGUGUGGAAGGCUGCACUAUUUGGUGCUAAACUAGUAUUGUACCGAUACUGGUAUGCAAGGCUACCAGUACGAGUACCGGUAGCCCAUUCGCUGGCUUGCAUUUGAGCCAGCUACAGUCAAGUCCAUGGAUCCACGAAAAUGAAAGGGGAAGGAUGCUUCAGAAACAGGACUCUUGAUUGAAUACAUGUACGUAGAGGAAAGGGAGUAAUUGUGUACACGUAUACAUACAUCAUAACGUUAGGAACUCCCAUCGAAGGUUCGAUAUAUUUUUCUGUGCUUGCAUAUUAGUACCGUAUCCGU